AUGGCUCAAGAUCAAGAGACUUCUGACUUUAGGACCGCGACCUCCUCUUGUCAAAUUCUAAUGUCAGACCGUCGGACCAACCCAAAUGUUAGUAAAUGUCUUUGUGAGGAAAAUGAUGGAAAUCUAAAAUGUAAUGAUGAAGCAAUACACCUGAAAAAAUAUUUUUCUACAUUAAAGGAUAAUUUUCGAGAAGUAAAAUAUUUGUUUGAAGAGAUAACACUGAAAACAAAUGACCCCGAAUCCUUUGGAAAAACCGAUAUCGACGAAUUAAAGAGAGAUAUUCUAGAAUUAGAAACAAAAAUAAGAACAGCUAAACAAUUUAUAAGAAGCGAAUUACUAAAUUUACGAAAUGAAGAAAUUACUUUAAUGGAAAAGCCAGAAACUUCAGAAUCAUUAACAAGUGAAGAAAGACAAUUGAAGCGCAGUACAAGAAUACCAAUAAAAGGGUAUAACGAAAUCGUACCAAGCCCGGUACGCGUUAUGAUGAAUUCUCAAUUUAAAUGCUUAGAGGUGCAAAAGUUUCAUGAAUUUAUGAAGAACAGUCCAAAUCGUUAUGGCGGUUGGAACGAAUACAAUCAUAACGCAUUUAUUCAAAUUUGGAACAAAUAUUAUGGAGACAAUAACGAAAUGAUUGCGAUAAAAUCAAUUGAAGAUACGUUUUCAUAUCAAUACUUUAAGGAGGAGGUCUUACACAAGAUAUCAGGUUCCAGUGGGGAUAGUAUUGAUUCGCAUAGUAAAUGGUAUUUGGAAUUUCUUCAUCUUAAAUUAAACCAACAAAGAGCUCUCAUCAAAUGGCAGGAAAAUAAAAAAAAAAUUAAGCCUAGCCGAAAGGCACGAUUGAUACUAACGGAGGGGUCACCAGUAGAGGAUAUAAAAUCUCCGACUAACAUUAAAUUAUGUAGAAAACAAAACCAAUGCAAUGUCACGGACCGAAAUAUAAAUAACAGAAGGAACCGGACAACUUUUGAUACAUUUAGCAAAAGUGCGGUGGAGCAUGGUAUAUUACAAAGAAAUGAGAAAAUUACUUUAUCAUGUGAUUUGACUGAAGACGGCUGCAUUAACAAUUCUGGGGUUCCAGGUCCUAGUAAAAAAAUGGAUAUAAGAAGAUUAUUGAAACCUACUAAACAAUGGUUAUUAAAACAAGGAUUUGUAAGAGAAACUUGUGAAUUUAAUGAAAACGUAGAAAGUAUUGCCAAAUUGCAUAAACCCACUUGGCGUUUGAAUUUGCGUGAUUAAUGUAUGAAAAUUCUUGUCUUCUUUUAAACGUGGGCGUCAUAUAAUCAAAGGCAAGAACCCAAGACGAUAGCUAGUUGUCAUGUCAUAAGUAAAUAAUAAAUAUUGUAAAAUCGA